CUCAGGAUGUACUCUAGUUUACGCGCGCCAGGGGAGAGCCAGAGAAACAGACACUUAGGGGACUGGGUGCACUUGAACUCUUUCGCAUUACGAUCUAUCAGCAAGUGUCCAACAUGUUUUCUGUCAUGUUAUUUAAAUAUGUUGCGAUCGUUUUCGAAUGUUUCGCAGUUUUGGACUGUUUGCUGUGCUGCUGAUAGUAUUGGAGUGGACCAGUCCAGGGCUGCCCUCUCCUUUGAGGCCCAUCUGUGACCUCCGCGCUCUCGACCACUUUGUCAAGAAGGCACAGGAGGCUGAGGCCGCCAUGAGAAGCUGUAAGGAAUGCAGCUUCGCUACGCCAAUCACCGUCCCUCAGCCCAGCGUGGACUACAACGCCUGGAGAAAGAAGAAUUCGGAGCAGCAGGCCCUCGAGGUGCAAACAGGACUAUGGCUGUUGUCUCAGGCCCUGCUUUCCCUGAAGACGUCAGUCAGCAACACGGCACUACACUCCCACAUAGACAACAACCUGGGCAACAUCGUCAGCGUCGGACAGGUGCUGCGCAGUCUCAGCUUCCCGGAGUACACUCCCCCCGAGCAAGGUUCAGUCGCCACGGACACGUGGCGCGUGACCUCGGCUUCUGCCCUCUUCCAGGUCCAGUUCAACUUCCUCCGAGGGAAGGUCCGGCUCCUGAUUUCCCACGCGCCUGUGUGCCAACAAGCUGUCAGCUGAUUGGGUGUCAGCCUGGACAGGGGCCUGUUGAUUGGAGCAGCCCCGUGUCAAAGGGGUGGUACGCGGGACCAAGGAGGCUGCUGGUUGGAGAGGACUCACGGAACACGGACAGACAUUUUGGGACAUACGCCUGUGUAUGACGUGAAGAGGCUGUCACAAGGGGAUGGAGGAGAUGACUUAAGCACUUUGUGGGUUAUAGACGUAAAAGGGAAUGCUGGAAUCCUGCCUCCUUACGUGAAAUAUAUGCUACAAUCCUUAGGCCUACUGAGCGGCCCGGUCUAACAUUUCGCCUUUCAAAAUUGUGUAUGCUUUUGCUUGUGGGCAGAUCUGUUCAUCUGGCAGGCUCGACUGCCAUUGGCUGCAACAGCUCUUCACUCUACACCAUAUGCACUGGAAGGCACUGUAUCGUUAUGGUCAAUCAGAAACAGCCUAUCCCCAGUUGGGAAGAUGAGACUGACGGGCAAUCAAAUCUCACCAGGUCGGGACUGUUCCUGUAGUUUGGAUGUUAAAUGAAUUGUAUCGUUGUUAAUUGUUGUGAUGUUAUGUUAUUUAUACAGAUGUACAUUUCUAAUAGUCAAAAACAUGGAAAGAGUUUAAUGCGCCAUUUCUUUCUGUUGUAGUCUAAACUGUAACACUUGUGUGCAUUGGUAGAUACUGGAUAUAUUACUUGCUGCUACGCACCUUGUGUGUGGGUGUGUGUGAAGUGUGUAUGAUAGAGAGAGAGAGAGAAUGUGUGCGUGUGUGUGAGAGGGAGAGAGAGAAUGUGUGUGUGUGUGUGUGUGUGAGAGAGAGAGAGAGAGAGAAUGUGUGUGUGUGUGUGAGAGAGAGAGAGAUAGUGGAGUGUAAAGUGUGUGUGAUCUCCCUGAGUGACCUCAACAGUGACGACACAUCGGAAAGUCAUUGGGGGGUCACCUCGGGUGAAGUAGGAAAGAAGAGAAUGCAUGAGAGAGUGUGAGAGAGAGGGAGUGUGUGAACGAGAGAUCCAUGGAAAAAGUGUGCGAAGCAAGGGUCUGAAUAAGUGCAAGUGUGUGUGUGAGAGAGAGAGAGAGAGAAAGAGAGAGAGAAAGAGAGAGAGGUGGCUCGCAUGGAGGGUCUACGUGAGAAUAGCUUAACCUCUGCAUUGGUUAUCACUCGACAUGGCAGACUAAGGCAUGCAGGGAAGCGACUAUGACACUGCUCAGUGCAGAUAGCGCCAGGGCCUGAACAAAUACUGACCGGCUACAGACAUGCACACCCUCACUCCCGCCCGCCUUACUCUCUCAUUUACUUUUGUGCUAUUUAUUCUUUAAUUCAAUGCAAUUGUAUCCAUAGAGGUCCAAAACCAUUUAAAUUGUAUUUUCGCAUUCACUUAGUGGAAUCUUAUUGGUAGAGGUCCAAAACUAUUUCAAUGCUCUGAGCUUUGUAGGGCCCGGGACCUUGCACCUUUUACUAUCGAACAUCUCUCUCUCAUAGCCUCUAUUUUGGAGUAGUAUUUUUUUUUUUUAAUGAAUAUGUUUGUCCUUUUUGUGCUUUGUGUGAAAAUGGUUUAGUUUGCAUUGUUGAUUUUCCGUUGUUGUUGUUUUUUCCUUGUUGUCAGUAUUGUUUUUGUAAGUGUCCAUCAGUCACCCAGAAGAUGUUUGGGAAGGAAGUUUGUAAAUGUCAUUUCCUGUUUGUAGUGUUGUUUGCGCUCUAAAUCACCAUGCCAUUUGGUAUUUAAAAGAAAAAUAUUAUUCUUAGAUAAAAAAAGACUCCUGAAAACAUGCAGAGAGGAAA